AUGCUCCUGGCUGCUCAGUGCCACCUUGGUUCCAAGAACUUGCAGGUGCACAUGGAGCCCUACCUCUGGAAGACCCGUCCCGAUGGUGUCAAUGUCAUCAACAUUGGCAAGACCUGGGAGAAGAUCGUCCUGGCUGCCCGCAUCAUCGCCGCCAUCGACAACCCCGCUGACAUCUGUGUCAUCUCUGCUCGUCCCUAUGGUCAGCGCUCCGUUCUGAAGUUCGCCUCCCACACCGGUGCUACCGCCAUUGCCGGUCGUUUCACUCCCGGUAACUUCACCAACUACAUCACCCGCUCUUUCAAGGAGCCCCGUCUCAUCAUCGUGACCGACCCCCGCACCGAUGCCCAGGCCAUCAAGGAGGCUUCCUACGUCAACAUCCCCGUCAUUGCCCUUUGCGACACUGACUCCCCCACCGACUUUGUCGAUGUUGCCAUUCCCACCAACAACAAGGGUCGUCACUCCAUCGGUCUCGUCUGGUGGAUGCUCGCCCGUGAGGUUCUCCGCCUCCGUGGUACCCUUGCUACCCGUGAGACCGAGUGGGACACCGUUGUUGACCUCUACUUCUACCGCGACCCCGAGGCCGAGGAGAACAAGGAGAUCGCCGAUGAGGCUAAGGUACCCGGUGCUGAUGAGAUCGGCGCUGGUGCCGUCGAGUCCGGCUUCGCUGGUGACAACUGGGAUGUGAACGCCCCUGGCGCCGGUGUCCCCGGCACUGCCUUCGCCGCUGCCAGCGCUGCUGUCGGUGCCACCAGCUGGGAGGCUGACGGUGCUGACUGGGCUGCCAGCUCCGCCCCCCAGGGUGGUGACUGGGCUGCUGAGACCCCCGCUGCUGCCCCCGCUGCUGCCACUGAGGCUAAGUGGUAA